AUGAAGCUCCGCGGUUUAGCCAAGUGGCCCGUUGGAACGGAACUACAUCACCGAGAGCCAUGCGCUCCAACUGUCUCACGUCCUUUUGUCUCCGACCCCCGACAGAGUCGCAAUGCGAUUCUUCCAAUCUUUGAAUUCUCAAAUAUCACAGGCAUCAUGAGGACGCCGUUGAUUACCGUCUUGCCGGCCCUGCUGCUUCUACAGACAUGUGCAGCUGGGCCGACCCAGGCUCCCUUGGGAGACACUUCAUCCACGGAAGUUUCGGGAGGCAAUGAAAAACCGGAGUUCUUGUUUACAGAGCCAGAACCAGAGCCACGGCCAAUUAGUGAACGAGUUGAAAAUGCCUGGAACAUACUCCGAGCAGCUAAGCCGGCUGUUCUUAACGUUGAUAAACCCACCGGACUCAUUGGAUACACACUACAUUACGGUCGCGAGGCCUUUCGGUUACUGUUUUUGAACGGGCCUGCCCCUGAUAAAGCUGAAAGGAAGCUCAGCCCUAAGGUUGCACAUGCGGUCGAAGAGCUUAAGGCAGCAGCAGAUGAAGAAGCGGACGCGGACGCGAUGUUUCUUCUCGCGGAGAUGAACUUCUACGGCAACUUCACGCAUCCGCGCAAUUUCAGUGCGGCAUUCCAGUGGUACCACGACCUGGCUUGGUUGACAGGGAACAGUACAGCACAGUCCAUGGUUGGUUUCAUGUAUGCGACUGGUAUUGGUGACGCUGUCGAACGAGAUCAAGCAAAGGCGCUGAUGUACCACGAAUUCGCCGCGGAGGGAGGAAACACUCGAUCGGAGAUGACGCUGGCCUAUCGCUACCAUUCUGGAAUCGGGACGCCAAAGAACUGCGAACACGCCGUCUUUUACUACAAGAGGGUCGCCGACAAGGCUAUUGCAUAUUAUCGAUCCGGUCCACCUGGUGGUCAUGCCAUGGUCAGAGAGUCCUACCGCUGGGCGGAUGAAGAGGGUGGUGUUUAUGGAGAAGGCGCUAGCGUGUCGAGCUCUGGGCACAAUGCGCGAGACCCUAGCCAUGCCGCCACCGAGGCCAGUAUUGAAGAUGUCCUUGAAUACCUUGAUCUCAUGUCUCGCAAAGGCGAACUUAAGGCCACGUUCUCUCUGGGCAAGAUGAACUACGAAGGAGCGCGUGGCUUGCCUCGCAACUUCAAGAAAGCCAUGAAGUAUUUCAAAUCUGUAACGAUACGUUACUGGAACCAGGAUGGCUCUUUCGUUGCAAACCCUUCCCACGGGCUUGACAAGUUAGCUGCCAAAGCAGCAGGACAUAUUGGCCUGAUGUACCUGCGCGGAGAAGGCGUUGAACAGAAUUUGGGCAAGGCCCUAAUCUGGUUCCGACGCGGUGUGAAGAAUGGGGAUGCUCUCUGCCAGCACCAGAUGGGACUAAUGUAUCUCCACGGUUACGGAGUACCCCAAGACGCUUACAAGGCGGCCUCGUAUUUCAAGUCCGCAGCUGAUGAGGAUAUCCCGGCCGCAGAGACUCGACUCGGCGCUCUUUUCCUGGACCAAGGAGACGUGGCCACCGCAUCUCGAUACUUUGAGCUCGCCGCGCGUUGGGGAUGGAUGGAGGCAUACUACUACCUCGCGGAGAUGGCCAACUUUGGCGUCGGCAGACAGCCGCACUGUGGUGUUGCAGCGGCGUAUUAUAAGCUGGUCGCUGAGAAGGCGGAAAUGGUUCACUCAGCCUUCGCCGAGUCAAACGACGCAUACGAGAAUGGCGACAAGGAGCGGGCUCUCAUUCCAGCCAUGAUGGCUGCGGAGCAAGGAUAUGAGCAUGCUCAAGCUAACGUGGCAUACCUCCUUGACGAACAGCGCUCAUUGUUCUCGUUGAGUCGCAUCCUGCCAUGGGCCCAGAGGACUCGAACCAAGCUGCUACGCAAUACGGCCUUGGCUCUGAUUUACUGGACUAGGUCAGCCAAGCAAUCUAAUAUUGACUCUUUGGUCAAGAUGGGUGACUACUACUUGCGCGGAACUGGCGCCCUGGUAGAUGCCGAGAAGGCCUCGACAUGUUAUCACAAUGCGGCUGAAGCCCACCACAGUGCACAGGCGUACUGGAACCUAGGUUGGAUGCAUGAGAAUGGUGUUGCCGUGGCGCAAGAUUUCCACAUGGCCAAGCGCUACUAUGAUCUUGCUUUGGUAACCAACCGUGAGGCGUACUUGCCCGUGAAGCUUAGCCUCCUGAAGCUGCGGGUGCGGGGAUACUGGAACCGAAUCACCAACGGAGAUAUCAAUCCCAUCCGCGAUGAAGAUACGAGACCUCGACGUUCUUUCAAGGAAUGGAUCGAGGCUUUCAUUGAGAAUGACGCGGCCGACUAUUACAACGAGCUUUACGAAGCCCGCGAAGAUGACGAAGAUUUCAUGGGCGUCCAUGCAGAGCAUGAAGACGGGUAUUAUGAUGACAUGGACCUUGACAUCGACGAUAGCGUCCUUGAGGGUCUGCUCAUCGUUGGGUUGGCCGCGACUCUUCUCGUGCUGGUGUACAUCCGUCAACAACAGCAGCGAAACCGCCAGAAUGCGAACGCUGCCAACCAGGGUGGCAAUGCUAAUGGCAACGCAAACGCAAACCCCAAUGCCAAUGCGAACAACAACGACCGUGGCUUCUUCCCACAGCCUGGUGACCCUGAAUUCGGGCAGUGGGUGGCAGGUGGAGUGGGCCAUUAA